AUGCCCAGCCAACAAAGAGAAAAAGAAGGUGCUUAUAAAUAUACAUACAUCUCAUCUAAAACUCGGAGGGGAAAUGUUUCAUGGAAAGAAGCGGAUACUGUCUAUGAAGACUAUGACAGUGAGGUGGAGCCAACCUCACCGGUGAAACAAAAACACCACCAGAAUAUUGAAGAUCAUUCACUGGUCAAUUAUGACAGAGAGAUAUAUGAUGAUUUUGGGACAGGAGGCUUAAUUAGUAUCCAACGAAAGACAAAAGAGGGCUUUAUUCAUUGUCUGUCCUGCUCAGGAGAGCACAGCUGGUGUUCCUCAUGUGCUGUCAAAGCCCACCAGCACAACCCCUUCCACAACCUUCAGCUUUGGAAUGGCAAGUUCUACGAGUCUACUACCCUACGGGACCAUGGACAUCCUUGCCCCAAUGUGUUGCAGCAGUCAAACCUGUCACCCUGGUCAGAUCUUGGAGCCAUGGAAGAUGUGUUUGCAUACGUGGAGGGGGAUACUAUUUAUGAAACACAGUUGGGAUUGUCUAACCUGGUCAUUGUGCACUCCACUGGAGUUUACUCACACUGUGUAUCCUGGUGUCAGUGUCCUGGAGCUGAGAAGGACAGACAUCUACAUCUGCUAAAAGCAAAGUUAUUUCCUGCCAGCAUCACUCGGCCUCAAUCUGCUUUUACCUUCGAUGUGCUAGAUAACUUCCUCAUAGACGCUUUGGAGUGCAAGACCUCAGCUAUGAGUUUCUAUCAAGAGCUAUGUUGUUUUACCAACAAUGCUUUCCCUCAUACAAUACCUGAUCGCUACCGUGAACUUAUGCGGGUGUCUCAUAUAUGGAGGGAUUUGGUCAAUAGAAUAAGGUUUGGCUUUGCACAUGAGUCGGACAGAUCUCCUGGUCCAGGGGAUUUAGCUCUUUAUUGUCCAGCAUGUUCCCAGCCUGGCAUCAACUUACCUUCUUCUUGGAAGGAUACCUAUGACAGUUGGUUGGUCAUGCAAAGAUAUGUUGUCGAUGGAAAUUUUACAGCUCAGCAUAUGAAGAUGAAGACUCCAGAAGAUGAUGUUUCACUAGCAGACGGAAAGGGAUACAUGGUAACAGAAGGACCUUAUGAAACUCACAUAAUAGAAUCUAAAUCAUCUUGCAGCAAUCACCGUACUGUGAAUGCAGCCAAUGUCCAGAGAAGCAACCUAAGAGCUACAGGAGUUGGGGCAACUGCAUGUGCUAGGCAUGGAUGUUUUGUUCCUCAUGCAGUAGUUGACUUCCAAAAGGGAGAGAGUAUCCACUUCCAUGAAUGGGUGAAUCAAAGCUAUCACCUGUCUCUUCCUCAAUCAAUCAAAAUAUUGCCAGUGGUCGGCAAGUUUCAUCUAAGCGCUCAUAAGCUACUGUGCUUUCCCAGAUUCAGCCUUAAUUUUAUUACAGGAGCUGGUCAUAUUGAUGGGGAAAUCUUGGAGACCCUCUGGGCCCCGUUUAACAAGAUUUCCCCAACUGCAAGGUCCAUGACUCUCUCUCACAGACAGGAAGUCUUGGACGACCAUAUGAGGGAUUCUAAUUGGAAGAAGCUUGUCAGAAUUGGCAAGUCCCCUUUAUUUCCGAGAUGUCAACUUUGA